CUUUUGAUAAGAGCUAUGCUGUUACCUAACCUUGUGUGUGGCUUUGAAACAACAUGGCAACUGUCGGAAAGGUGAUCACAUGCAGAGCUGCAGUAGCAUGGGAGGCUGGGAAACCUCUUGUGAUGGAGGAGGUGCAGGUGGCCCCUCCUAAAGCUGGAGAGGUCCGCCUCAAGAUCGUGGCCACAGGCAUCUGUCACACUGACUCGUACACUCUGAGUGGCUCCGACCCUGAGGGGGUUUUCCCUGUGGUGCUUGGCCAUGAAGGAGCUGGCAUCGUGGAAAGUGUUGGAGAGGGAGUCACCAAGUUUCAACCAGGAGACACAGUCAUACCCUUGUAUAUCCCACAAUGUGGAGAGUGCAAAUUCUGUAAAAAUCCCAAAACCAACUUGUGCCAAAAGAUCAGGAUCACUCAGGGUAGAGGUUUAAUGCCAGACGGGACGAGCCGUUUCUCCUGCAAAGGCAAGAGCCUGUUCCACUUCAUGGGCUGCAGUACAUUCUCUGAGUACACUGUGGUGGCAGAUAUAUCUCUGGCCAAGGUGGACCACAGGGCUCCUCUGGACAAGGUGUGUCUGCUGGGCUGUGGCAUUUCCACUGGAUAUGGAGCAGCUCUCAACACCGCUAAGGUGGAGGCUGGUUCAAUCUGUGCAGUGUUCGGCUUGGGGGCGCUGGGCCUGGCGGCCAUCAUGGGCUGUAAAGCAGCCGGGGCGACCAGGAUUAUAGGAAUCGAUCUCAACCCUGACAAGUUUAAAACUGCUCGAGAGUUUGGAGCCACCGAUGUGGUGAACCCUAAGGACCACAGCAAACCCAUCCAAGAGGUCCUGGUGGAGAUGACGGAUGGAGGCGUGGACUUCUCCUUUGAAUGUGUGGGAAAUGUGGCAAUCAUGAGAGCCGCCCUGGAGGCCUGUCAUAAAGGAUGGGGCACUAGUGUCAUCAUUGGGGUGGCAGCGGCCGGGCAGGAGAUUUCCACCAGGCCAUUCCAGCUGGUGACUGGACGUACCUGGAAAGGCACUGCCUUCGGAGGUUACAAGAGUGUUGACAGUGUUCCCAAACUGGUGGAGGAGUAUAUGAGCAAGAAGCUGAAAGUGGAUGAAUUUGUGACUCACACUCUGCCCUUUGAGAAGAUCACUGAUGGUUUUGAUCUAAUGCAUGCUGGGAAAUGCAUUCGAGUCGUCCUCAAGUUCUAGAAGCAGGAAACUGUGAUCCCACUCUGUGUUUGUUCUGCUCAGUUUAAUAAAUAAUCUUUCAAUUCCCA